AUGCCGGAGAGGGCGGUCAGUGGCGGGCGGGGAGGAGCGGGGCGCCGUCAAAAGACAGCGCUGUCGCGUCGCCGGAGCCGCGCGAUCGCCGGGCCUUUGAUGGGCCGCGCUCCGGGGAAGCGAAGGCGGCAGCGCCCGCCCAGCGGCGUCGCGCGAGGGGCAGCAUUACCCAUCCGAAACGGACGGGACCCAAUCAGCGGGGCAAUUUGCGGCCUCGUCGCCGGCCGCACAGCCCGAUGCCGCCUCCCGAUCCGACGCGACGCGACGACGGCCGCGUCGCGCCUCGCCGUCAACUCUCGUUUAAAAGCCCAGAAUGAUUUCUACCAUUCACUGUUCAAAACAACACCUGCUCACUCAGAUCUGAUACUUAGCUGCGGAGAUAUAGAGGGCUUGUACUUAACCGAGUUAAUGAUUGGUGAGCAAAGAACUAAUGAUGUUGCAAGUUCAGACACAUUCAAAUAUUUAGUCAAUUUUGUUCACAAAUUGCAGAGAAAUAGGUUGCGAACAAUUCAGAUAAAACAUUAUCACCUAACAUAUCACCAACAUAAGACUUUUAUUGACCGAGUGAGGGAACUUUUGCGCGCAAGUACUCUUUUAAAUGAAAAUGACUUCCAUAAUAAACUCAUUGUGCCGAUAAUUUUACAUAAGUUGCAAGAGAGGACGGUAAUUAAGCAGAAUGUCGAUAAAGUUGAUGAACACGUUCCCCCUAAAGAGCUGCGAGAAAAGGGGUACGAGGUUCCGUGCUCACUUCUACCCCAACCAUCUACCUCACCGCUUCCAAACGACUUUUCUCUUCAUCAAAAACGUUCUGGGAAAAUUAAAGAAUGUUCCGAAUAUCAGUUUUUGCUUUUGAAGAGGAUCGUCCAAUUAAAAAUUGCUAACGAAGUUGUGGUGCCUCUUCAGUCUCCUCCCGACCCAUCAGCUUGUUCUUCUCGCGACAAGCAUCGGAACUUCCCGACUUCAUUCCGUAUCUUGGGCGUUACGUCACAGAAAUCAACAGCCCGACCACAACGUCAGAAGCCAAUGAUGAACGAAGUUAAUCUUCAAUACUUGCAUGCACACUGGCGCGUGCGAACUAGCACUCCGCUAUUCUUGAAACACGAUUAA